CAGGAGGUGCCGCAGAGGAGAGCCGCGGCUGAGCGGCGGCACUCGGCCUCUGCCCGCGCUCUCCGCACGCCGCAGUUCGCAUUGCGCAGGCGCGGUGCGUGCGUGCAGCCGCGCAGCGGAGCGCGGCCGGCAGCUCCCGCGCCUGCGGUGCUGUGCAGGGACUGCAGGGGCCUGGGCUCUGCUUGUCCCGGAGGGACGAGUCUGUGCUGAGCCGUGCAGGCAACUCAAGAGGCUGAGCGGCAGGCUGCGGCUUGGCUGGCUGCGGGGCUUGGCUUGCUUGCCGCUCGACUUGCUGCCUCCUAGCUUGGUGGUAUGAGGAGCUUCUUCAGCUGCAACCUCGGCAGCGGCUCUUGUUACUUGCCCAGGUGAAACCAGGCAAGGUGCUCCCCAUCACGGCCAGCAUAAACAGACCCAGAGACAAUGAGUGGCCGAUGAAAGACAUGCUGAAGAAUGAACUUGACUGCUGAAGAAUGCCUUGAUGAACUGAAGAAACUGAACCCACCUCCUAAUACUGCCCAACAGGUAGCAACAAAAGCAAGUCAGGAAAGAUUUGGAAACAUGACCAGGGUAUAUUACAGAGAGGCCAUGGGGGCGUUUAUUGUCUUUGAUGUUACAAGACCUGCAACAUUUGAAGCAGUGACAAAAUGGAAAGAGGAUUUGGACUCUAAGUUGGUUCUCCCAAAUGGCAAACCUGUCCCGACAGUCCUCUUAGCAAACAAAUGCGACCAGGGAAUAGAUGUUCUUAUGAACAACGGCAUCAAGAUGGAUCAGUUCUGCAAAGAGAAUGGGUUCGUGGGCUGGUUUGAAACAUCAGCCAAGGAAAAUAUAAACAUCAAUGAAGCUUCCAGAUGCUUGGUGAAACACAUAAUUGCUAGUGAGAGUGAUCCAGUUCAGUCUGUUGAACCAGAUAUUGUAAAACCACACUUGAAUUCCACCAAGAUUGUCAGCUGUUCAGCUUGUUUUAAAUCCUAAGAGACUUCCAGACUAUAAGAAGAGCUGUACACCUAUGGGUCACAGUUUAUAUCUUACCCAUCAUACCCAAACUGCCCAGAUUGUCCAUAAGCAGAUUGCCAUUUUCUAAAAGAGGUACUUUGAAUUUAUUGCAAGCUGUUCAGUAAUAGCAUCUAUUAAAAACUGGUUUUGGCUACAGGUCAAGUAAGACUCAUAGAGAUGCCUGUGUUUCCCCAGUUAUGUAACACCACCAGUGAUAUCAAAACCUAUU